CACAUCCAAGUCCCAAGGCGGACUUGUCCAGUCAAUACUCCCGCGAGAACCCCGGGUGUGCUGCAGCCCCCACGAGAACCCCAGCCGCGAAGCCCCUCCGACCUCUCAGCCAAGGAGACACUGAGCUCCAAGCCGCCGGCCGGAGUCACUCCCCGGCACCGGUUGGGACAGCGACGGAGAGCACAAAACACCUCUCGCGCGGCACCCCCCCUGGGCGUGCCGACCGGACUUGGCGAGUUGAGAUGGAGGCACCGAGUUUCGCGUCCCGGCGGCCAGCGGCAACCUCGCUGCCAGCCUUUAGCCUCCCACCGCCGGACAUCCCAAGUACGAGAUACCCUGCUUCCUCUCCUAGGCCGACGGCGCCCACCAGCGGUUCCAGUGCUCAACAUAAUCACCUGACUUCAUCGUCACUCUCUUCUCCACCUGCCUCGCAAUCCCAAGCCCCUCCACCCUUUCCCACUCUCUCCAGUGUUCUGACUCCUCCCUCAGGGGUAACUACCGACGGACUAAGCCCCCUCUCUGCAGGCGUCCAUAGUGGGAGUUCCCAGAGCUCACAGCCCGCCUCAACCCCCGGAAUGUACUACUCGCACGUGGCGUCGACCUGGGCCACUCCCGGUGCUUCGUCCUCCCCUUACGGGUUUUCUAGCAACGGUGCGAACCACUCCGGCAACUCUUCCCUUGUGCAGCCGCCGUAUCCCUCCCGUCAAAUGUACCAGACAGCCUCUCCCUCGGUGCAGCAGCACUUCGGGCGUACAGCCGCAUCUCCGGCCACCACAGAUGGUUUGGCGACCCCCUCGUAUGCGGAAUCAUCGAACCUCCUCAACCCAGCCUCGGGCGGGGGCGCCCCUCAGCAGUCACAGGGUCCGCAACAACAACAGCAGCAGCAGCAGCAACAACAACAACAGCAGCAGCAGCAGCAGCAGCAGCAGCAGGUCUCAGCCCCUCAAAACACGCCCACUAGUGGGCCACCCCCCGCGGAUAACAGCUAUCGGCCGCCGCAUCCAUCGGGGUCGUAUUAUCCCCCCUCGACGGCGGCCCAGCAGCAGCCGGCCUAUUCCGGCUUCGCGACGAACCCGGGCGCGCAACACUCCCCAAACGUCUCUUCAGCGCCAGCAUCGAGCGCGGCGCCACGCACGGCACCGAUUCCAGGACACCCGGGCUCGCUCUCCGGCAUGGCCCCGCCAAUCGGCUAUGGGGCCCCUGAUCGACCUCACCAAUCUUCCUACACCGGAUACCACAUGCCAGGGAACCCGGUGUUGUCCAACAUGCACCACCCGGGAACUCCGUUGGCCAUGGUAAGCGGAGUCGGUAGUAUGGGCAUGCCUCACGGAUAUAGCCCGCACGGGCACCACCACUCCAUGGGCAUGUACGGGCAUAGCCACAGCCACGGCCACGCGCAGCCGGCCCCGCAGCAGGACCGUCCCUUCAAGUGCGACCAGUGCCCGCAGAGCUUUAACAGGAAUCACGACCUCAAGAGGCACAAGCGCAUCCACCUCGCGGUGAAGCCGUUCCCCUGUACCUUCUGCGAGAAGAGCUUCUCGAGGAAGGACGCGUUGAAGGUGCGUGACCGUCACAAAUGGGGAGGAAUGCAACAAUUCACAUCGCGCGGGACAUUGCUGACACUUUCUAACGAACAGAGGCAUCGGCUCGUCAAGGGCUGCGGCGAGAAGCAAUCGCCGAGUGACGGCGCAAGUUCGGGGACAGGCGCCACCGAAAGCUCGCCGCCGGACAAGUCCGAGGCCAUGAGCGACGACACGGAGGGAAGCCCGAGAAUGGAAAAGAAGGAGAAGAGGCAGUAGUAACUCUUGGUUGGCCGACGACGACGACGACAAGGGAGUGCAACUCGGAGACACUGUCCAGCGGCGUUUCCUACUCCCCCAAAGUUCGAACUACCUCUGCGAGUCGCCAAGCGAU